GCUCUCGCUUCUCUUUCUCCGCGUGGCCGGCCGGCGGCCUGUGACGUCAGUCCGCUGAGCGCAGAUCCCGGAUGGAGCUGGGGGAAGUGAACAGGACUGCACAAUAACUCAAGGCAGGAGAGUGUGAGGAAAAAAUCCCAAAAAGAAAACGCCGCCGAACGGCUUUGGACUCCGAUCACCAAUCUGGACUUUAUUAAAAGCUCGGAAAGCAACCGGAGUCGGAUUGUAGGCUACCGAAGUGCGAGGAACGGUUGAAUCUUGCGUUGGAAGUUGCUGAGGAUUUGUGGUGUAAAAUCUAGCGCUCGGGCUGUGUGUGUGUAGCUAACAGCGCAGAGGAAAAGCCGGACUGCUACUCUCAUCCACUGCACACUUACUGGACUAUAGGAGCUCUGUUGAUGAAUUAUGUCUGCCACCAGUAUUGAUCCUCAGACAUCAAAAGGACAAGAUGCUAAAGUGCAAAAUGGCUCGCUUCACCAAAAGGAAACUGUCCAUGACAAUGACUUUGAACCGUACCUCACUGGCCAGUCUAAUCCGAACAACAGCUACCAAUCCAUGACUGACCCCUACUUGUCCAGCUACUAUGCGCCAUCCAUUGGGUUUCCUUACCCCCUUAGCGAGGCUCCCUGGUCUACUGGCGGUGACCCUCCAAUCCCUUAUCUCGCCCCCUAUGCCCCACUAAGCAAUGGAGACCAUCAUUUCAUGCAUGACACUGUGUUUGGACAGCCAGGGGGGCUGGGUAGCAGCAUCUAUCCCCACCGUUUUAACUUUUUCCCAGAGAACCCUGCCUUUUCAGCCUGGGGCACCAGUGGCUCCCAGGGGCAGCAGACUCAAAGCUCUGCCUAUGGUGGCAGCUACAGCUACCCACCCAGCUCCCUGGGUGGCACACUGGUACCUGAUGGUCAGACAGGAUUCCACAGUGACACCCUAAACAAAGCACCAGGUAUGAACAGUCUGGAUCAGGGCAUGCUGGGCCUAAAGAUUGGCGGUGAUGUCGUCACAGGCACUGGCUCAGCUGUCAAGACUGUUGGCUCAGUGAUUGGUGCCAGUGGGGCAGUAGCCACUGGCAAUGGGGGAACACCGGUGGGCAUGCCACCCCCUAAACCCACCUCGUGGGCAGCCAUUGCAAGUAAGCCUGCCAAAGCGCAACAGUUAAAGAUCAAAAGCAAAGCAGGGAUGCCAAUGGCAGGGGGUGCACCACCACCACCUCCCAUUAAACAUAACAUGGACAUUGGGACCUGGGACAACAAGGGGUGCAAAGUGCAGUCACCAUUGCCUCUGCAGCAACACCAACAGCAGCAACCGCAGCAGCCUUCUCUUUCUCAUGGUCACUUGCCCCCUCAUCCUCAAGCACCCAUGCCUGCGGCCCAGUCACUAGCUCAGCACAUGGCCCUCCAGGCUCCACUUCCUCCUGGCCCUCCACAGCCAUACCAGAAUCAUUCACCAGCUCCACCCCCUCAGACCCGAUGGGUAGCACCCCGUAAUAGGAACCCUGGUUAUGGUGGAGGGGGUUGUGUGGAUGGCAGUGGUCUUUCUGGUGGUAGUGGUAUGGGCAAUGGAGGCGGAGGAAUGGUGGGCAACAGCUGCAGCAUAGGGACAGGAGACCCACACCCGCUCUUGGAGAAGCUGCGUGCAUCGCACAGCUACAAUCCGAAAGACUUCGACUGGAACCUCAAGCAUGGACGCGUGUUCAUCAUCAAGAGCUACUCUGAGGACGACAUCCACCGUUCUAUCAAGUACUCUAUCUGGUGCAGCACAGAGCACGGCAACAAGCGUCUGGACGCAGCGUUCCGCUCUCUUAACGGCCGGGGCCCCGUCUAUCUGCUGUUUAGCGUAAACGGCAGCGGGCAUUUCUGUGGCGUAGCUGAGAUGCGCUCACCUGUGGACUACGGAACCAGUGCUGGCGUUUGGGCACAGGACAAGUGGAAGGGCAAAUUCGACGUGGACUGGCUUUUCGUCAAGGAUGUGCCCAACAGCCAGUUGCGCCACAUCCGCCUGGAGAACAAUGACAACAAGCCUGUGACCAACUCUCGCGACACACAGGAAGUGCCACUGGAAAAGGCCAAGCAGGUGUUAAAGAUCAUCGCCACCUAUAAGCACACCACGUCCAUCUUUGACGACUUCUCACACUAUGAGAAACGCCAGGAAGAAGAGGAGGUGGUGAGAAAGAACUAUGAACCUGCUCCAUCCCAGAAUCGAUCACGCCUGGAUCAGGACCGCCAAAAUCGAAGUAAACAAUAGGAGACUGUACUCUAUCCCCAUAGCUCGAUCAACGGUUGUUUUAGGACUGACCAUUUGAAAAUAACAUUUAAAAACUGGACACAAGAAGAAAUUUAAAAAGAAACACUUUUUGUUUUCUUUAUUUAAUUUUGGUGACUUGGGCCAGCAUCAAACUCAAGGCUCUGCUCUCCUGUUUCUGGUUUUGGUUCAGUGGGAGAUGAAGUUGAUUAGCACCUGUCAGAAUAACAGCAUUGUGGUCUUUUUGUUGUUUUUUAACACCUCUGUCCUCUUUCAUCUUUCUUGUCCCUCUGCACUUUUUUUUCUUUUUUUCUUUUACUUUGUAUAUUUUGUUUACCUUGUCCUACUCAGCUCUGGCUGUACGAAUCAUAAGUUAAAAUGUAAGUGAGUGUUAAAAGCCCAUGCUAAGUGUUGGUGAGUGUCUCAGAGGAUGUUACAUUCUGGUUUUUGGUAAGCUGAAAUGUUAAAGAUGAUGACGGCUAACCCAGAGCAGCAUGGACUUCUCCCCAUCAUCAGUCACUGUAUUUGGCCAGUUUCAUUUUGUACAAUCAAGACAUGCAUCCUUUUUGUUGGAUGCAGGGCUUCGUAUAGGGUCGACCGAGGAAGAUCUGGGGAGUAUUUGUGCCACUGCAGAUAAGGGACAGUGAAAUGUCUUGCUUAAUAAUGUUGCUCUUAAAGAAAACUAUAUUUUUGAAUUAUGUAACACUCAGCUUCUAACUUUUGUGGUGAGUCAUGUUGGUCAAAAUACUUUGCUUUUCCUUUUGUUUCCUGCUUGGAGCCUUAACUUUUUAAAUCUAUACUGUCAUCCAAACCGUUAAAUAAUUGCUGUACUAUACCUCAACAGCAUAAUCAGGGAAAAGACGUCCCAUGUACCCUCAACCCAAGGGAAGUCAACAUCACUGGCUGAACUGAAGAGGAAAAAUUAGUCUUGAGUUAUGGGUCUGAGCCAAGUGCUACGAAUUGCGUUCUUGGCGUAUUGUUUUGAGCUUCAUUUAACUUUGUACUGUUUCACCAAUGUCCAGCAGAGGUUGUAGUUUCUUUAAGUCGACUUACAAAAAAUGUAGCAUUCACUGCUUUCUAAAAAUCAGUUUAGAUGCAUCACUUUCAGUAUAUUUUUGUUUUCUUGUCCUUCCUUAACAGAUUCAGUUUAUUGAUCUUUUCCUCCCCUCAUUCUGCGUAUAAUGCUAAGCUUUAAUGUAGGAGCAUAUAAUAAUGGAGAACGCCUCAAAUGUGUAACCUGAAAAUUAAUGUUACUGAUUUACUCUUAAAAGUAGAAAAACAUGAAACAAAAAAGAGUAUAUGGUUUCUGUGCGUGAUUUUUUAGGACCUGCUUGCUGUCGUGUGUGUUUGUGUAUGAAACAGAGGGAGUUUAUCCUGUGAGGAUUUCAGAUUUAUAUAAUCAUAUAACAAAUGAUUUAUGAGAAUAUAUGAAAUACUAAAAAAAAAAUUACAAGGCGAACAUUUAAGUCACCCCUGAAAUGAAUAUGCAUUGUAUGGAAGGUCUCUAUCACGUUAUUAGAUUUGAUCAUGGUCAUUAUUAAAAUAAUACUAUAUGUUGUAA